AUGCAGGCCCUCUAUGCGCUUGCUGCGGCUUUGCUGCUCCUUGCCUGCAUCUCUGCCAGGAGCGAAAUUUGUGACCUUGAAGCUUGGAAUGUUGCCAUUAAUGAGAGGCCGGAGCUUAACUGGUUUCGGAUAAACCGCUUCUACCGGGGGUUCUCAGCUGUACACCUGGCAAGGGUGUACGGCGUGCCUCUCGGUGGGGCAGGCGUAUUCACGUACUACCGCCAGGACUUGUUCCAGCGUUUCAACCUCACUAUCCCCUCGACAUGGGAAGGGCUGCUGGCAACGGCACAAGCCUGGAGUGCUGCGCCGCCCCUUCCCGACAUCUCGCCAUUCUGCAUGAGCCGGCGCUCUUAUUGCGCGAGGACGCUGUUGCUGAGCAUCGCAGCGCCCCACAUGCAAGCAGCCGGCACCCGCGACGGCUUCCUGAUCGAUCCCGGGAAUGGCACGUUGCUGCUCAAUUCCACCGGUUUCACGGCCGCGCUACGGAUUUGGCAGCAGCUGAGCACCCUGAGCAUGCUGGACGCCAAUACUAGCUGCAGCGCGAGCUCGGACCGGUUCUCGGAGGGCGCCUGUCUCAUGACGGUGCAGCUGUUCGAGAAGUUCAAGGUUUAUGCCUCCAGUAUGAGCGCCGUAAGCGGCAAACUUGGGGUAGCUCUUCCGCCGGGGAGCUCCCACGUGAUGGACCGCAGCACUGGCAAGAUGGAGCCCUGCACGCAGACCUCGUGCCCAUACGCCUCCAGCGUCCCGCAGCAGGGCCCGUCGCCGAACGGCAACGGUGGCGGCGGCGACGCGACUGCACUGGUCAACUGGGCGCCAUUCAUGUGGGGAGGGUUUGUGGGCAUGGUCAACGCUCGCAACCCAUCCUCGGUGCAGGACGAGGUGAUCCACUAUUUUGCGAGGAUCACUGCCAGCGCCAGCUUGGACAACGUGUUGAGGAGGGGAUCACACAUUGCGCCCUUUCGUGCGGAUCACUGGAGUGCUGCCGCCAAACGCAACUGGACGGAUGCGGGGUACCCGGAGCCUGCCGUGACGCAGAUGCUGGAGGUGCUGCGAUCACUGCACGCCUUCCCCAACCUGGCUCCGCAGCUGCGACUGCCAGGGCAGGGUGAUGUGAGUCGUGCGCUGGUGGUGGCCCUGGCUAACCUGACGGCGGGGCAGUCACCGGAGAAGGUGGCAGCGGCGCUGCAGGCGAUGGCGGAGGCGGCGCUGCUGGCCCGGUAUGGCAUGAAAAAUGGAACGUACGGCUUUUUGAGCUUGUACCGCCAGCAGCUGGGGUAUGUCGGCAGCAGCAGCAGUAGCAUUGAGCCACGCGCUAAGCCGAGCAGCUCCUCAGGCGUGUCGCGUCAGACGGUCGUGGUGAUUGCGGUGGUGAUUGGUCUGGUGCUGCUGUUGGCGGCGGUGGUGGUGCUGGAGGUGCGCAACAAGCGCCGCCACAAGGACCUGCUGGGCCGCGUAAAGCCGCCGCUGGGGGAUCCGGACACCACAAUUGUGGUGACGUCCAUACAGGACUUUGACGAGCUGUGGGAGGUGCUCCUAUCGGACGCUUCUGAGCGCGCUCUGCAGCAGUUCAGCGAUCUGGUGGACUGCUUGCUGCGCCGCCACAGCGGCUACCGCGCUCCCAGCGAAGAAGAAGAGGACGUGGUCGCUGCCUUCCACUGCCCGCGCGACGCCUGCGAGUUUGCGUUGGAGCUCCAGCGGGAGCUGUUGCAGCUCAAGUGGCCUAAGCACGUGCUGGAGAUGGAGCAGUUUAGACCGCAGUACCUGGUGCAGACCAGACGAGCCGCAAGCUUCAAUCAGAGCUGCAAAGGAGCUCGUGCGCCCAUGUCGCCUCCGCACUCAGGUUCUAUGCCGACCGAAGAUGAUGACAAGCUGUUUACGCUCGACACGGGUACCGAGAACGUGCGCAGCUUUGGCGAACAAUGCGUCGCCUCAUGGGGCCCCGCGGACGCCCUCACACCGGACGCGGAGCUGGUGUUUUGCGGCAUCCGCGCGCGUGUGGGCGUGGCGGCGGUGGGCUUUUCGCAUAUCGCCAUGCACUUGGAGCACGGCGAGCGGCGAUUCCGGUUUGUGGGCGAGGCAGUGAGGGUCGCGGCAGCGGCAGCGGCAGCGGCGCAGGGCGGCAUGGUGCUCAUUCCGCAGAACACGUUUCGGCAGUUGCAUUUGGAGGUGCUGGCGGAGCAGUGUCUUUUCUGCCACUUGGGCGAGUACCAGCUCACGGCCGAGCUACCCCCAAUGGACCUCUAUCUGGCUCUGGACCGGCAGCUGCUGGGCCGUCUGGCACUAUUCGGGCCGCUGUCCUGCCACAUGCAGUGGAGCCAGGGGGCCUUUGCAGCGCCAGUGCACAACGCCAGCAUGGUUUUCACACACGUGGUGGGGGUACAGGCACUGCUGGCCUGGGACUACGACCUGAUGCAGGACGUCAUCGAGACAUUCACCAAGUUGGCCCAGGUGGAGUUGCAGCAGGCUGGGGGCUACCUGGUGGAGCACGUGGAGGGAUUCAUGCUCACAGCGUUCCACUCCCCCGCGGAUGCCAUUCUGUGGGGUCUGAGGAUGCAGGAGCUGAUGCUCAAGGAGGACUGUUUUGAUUCCUGUCCCAUCAUCGCGACCUCUUCCUCCCGCAAACAACAAAACAGGCCGGAGGAGCUCUUAGCACACGAGCUGUGCGAGGAGGUGACGGUGACGGUCCCCGUGCGCGGUGGCGAGGUCACCUCCGCCACUGUGUUUCGCGGUCCGCGCCUCAAGACGGGCAUCGAUAUUGGUCAGGUGCUGGCGCGGCUGCAUACCAUGACGGGCCGAAUGACGUACCGUGGCAAGGUCAUGAACCGAGCGGCACGCAUUUCUGCAGCUGCGAGCUCCGGGCAGGUGCUGUGUUCCUCGGAGGCCUGGGAGUCUUGCGCUGCCUCCGCAUCGGCCCUACGUCUGGUGACCGCCACCAGCCUGGGGCUGUUCCAGCUGAAGGGCAUCCAGGAACGGAUCGAGGUGUUCCAUUGCACCUAUCAGCGCCACGUGCCCAGCUCCACGCGGCGCAGCAGUACCGUCAGUGUGGGCCUGGUCAGUUCCUCCGAUAACCGACGCAAGAGCGCGCUCGUGCUGUCAUCCAUGUCGCACGCAUCCCAUCACACCACCUCGUACCGCACCAGCCUCCAUAACAGCGUUGCCCUGGAGCACGUGUCGACGUCGGAUGUGACCGGCGGCCGCCGCGGCUCUCAGGCCUCUUCGUCUACGGCGCUAAUGGGCCGAGCUAGCCUUGGCGGCGGGCAAAUAUCGGAAAUGUUGCAGAUGGUCGGUGGAUCUGAUCCGGACCGCGUCGUGAACGGCGUCGGCGCGUCGUCGGCGCGCUACCGCGCGGCGUUCGUGCCGGUGGUGGUUGGCGGCGGUGCGAGCGGCACCGACGGUGCCGCCGCUGCCGCAGCGCCGGGGGGACACAUGUCCCAAACGGGCAGCAGCCACCGCUCGCAGUGCAGCGGCGCCAGCGGCGUGAAUGGUGGUGUCGGCGGUGUAGCCUCCACUGCCGCAGCAGGCGUCAUGGUGUCACGCGCAGCGCUGGCGGCGGUUCUGCAGUCGCGUACGCGCUCUGCCUCCGCAAUACAGGCCAGUAGUAGUGUAGCGCCGUUCCGCUCCGUUUCCGCGCGGACCCGCCGACCCAUGGGCCUCUCUGGCGGGGCUGCGGCAUCUGAGUCGCAGGUCUCCCUGGCUGCCGUCGGUGGCGCGGUGGCGGUUCCGCCGCCGGGGUUUGCAGCUUCUGCGGCUUCUGCAGCAGCGACAGCGGCUGCGAAAUGGAGCGCAGGCAUGGCGACGUCCCCAUCUGCGACGCCGUCGCUCGCCAUGGCCGCGGCGGCCGCCGUUGCCGCUGUGCACGAGCGUACCACCAACAACAUCGGUUCUAACUCGCCUCAAGGCAUCUCUGGCAAUGGUCACCUAGGCGAUGGUGCACCCAUGCACACUAAUGGACUGUCAGGUGUCAGCGGCGGCGGCGCCGUCAGCACCGAAUGCCACGUUGCGACCACUAAUGCGGCGGUUUACGCAAUGCUGCCGUCCGUGGUGCUGUCUGGGGGUAUAUGGGGGUCGUCAGGCAGUACGGCGGCGGCGGCGCACGCACAGGGACUGUCCUGUGCGUUUGGGCCGGAUAUGCAGCAUCUCAACGAGAUGCGAAGCGUCGGCGGCGGCCAUACAAUGGUUUCCGUUGUUCCUGACGGAGGCGGCGGCGACGCAUCACCGCAGGACCAUCAAAUGAUGGCCACGAUUGCAACCUGCGUGGGAGAUAUGCUGUUUGAUGGGCACUAUAGCAGCACUGGCUGCGCUGCCGCUGCCGACAGCUCCUGCACUAUCGUACAGCCGCAUGACCAGCAGCAACCGCAGCUCCAGCCGUUGCCGCCACUACCGCCGUUCCACUUUGAGCGACUGGUUGCAUUAGAGACGCUGGACGAGGACGCGGCCCCGUCAGCGGAGGGCCUCGGGGCCGUUGGCGCCGCCGCCACGGCUGCGGGUGGCGGCCGUAGCACAGGCCACGACGCCGAUGGCAUGUUGGAUGACGGCUCCAGGGUGGAGACCCUUGAGGUGACUGUUUCUGCGACGGGGAUUGUCCGCGGCGCGCUUUCAGGUGGUGCAUCCAGCACUGGUUUUGGCGCUGCUUUGGGCUCUUCACAAGGCGCCUCUAUCAGUCGCUGCGGCUCCGUUACCGCCGGAAUAUCCUACCUAGCACUAAGCCCCAGCGGUGGGGUGGUCAGCAGUCCCGGCGGCACUAUCGCCGGCGGCGCUGGUUGUGCCGGUGGCGCCGCCGGCGGUGCCGGCUCCCAUCCAUCCAGCUGCGCGUCGAGUGGGUUUGGGGUCGCCACCUACACAACACACAGCCACCUAGCAGCGGUGCGGCCCUCAUCCGCUGCUGUAUGGCGCGCUUCCGUAUCAAUGUCGAGCUCGCCGCAAGGGGAGACACACGGCCUGACGGGCGCAGGGACGACGGCGGGGCGGCAUAGUGGAUCCGCCAAUAGCGCUGACCUAUAUCUUCCGUUCCCGUUAGGUGUCGCCAGCGGUGGCGGCGACGGCGGCGGCGGAGCCCCAAGUGGUGGCGGCAGUGGCACCGUGCGCUCAUCGAGCGGCUGCAUGGCAUUGGCAACGAGGUUAUGCUCGCCUGCUCUCGAAGGUUCGUCGGCCAGCGGUGGCAGUGUCUCCAGCACGGCGUCAGCGGUAAUGAACAGACAGCCGGAGACGCAUGUGCGGACGCGCAGCGGCGACUUGGUUGAGGGACGACAGUCGACCGUCGCGGAACCGACGCUGUUGCCACGUCGGCACUUGGCUGUUGCACACAAUGGCCGUCUAGCAGCAGUCGCCGCCGCGGUGGCUGCGGAGUCAUCGGCGGCGGCGGUGAGUCGCCAGUCACCGCGCUCAGGUGUGUCUCCCACUCGCGGUUCGUGCCAGUCCACGAGAGCGGUUCUGCCAGCGGUGGCGGCGGCGGCGGAAGGAACAUCUACGCCUGCCCCGGAGGCCGCCGAUGUGGUGCCUUCGGGCAUCGGAGCCCCAGUGACAUCGGCAGCGGACGCCGCCUCUGGGAAUUCCUCUCCCGUAUGCGUGCGUGCCGUUACUGUUGACAUACACGGUUCUGGCGACGCGUCUGGCAGCUUGGUCAUCUCUGCUUCCGAAAGCCAUUCAAACAGCAGCCACGCGGCUAGGGCCGUCGCAGCCGUGACGACGUCGUCGUCUGCCACGCCGAUGAACAUUGGAUCUUCCAACGGUGCGCGCGACAGCUGCUGCGCUGCUGGCCUCAGCGGCCCCGGCAGCCGCCUCAGCCUUGUCGGCAGCGGUGCCGUGAGGCGCAGCGGGAGUGGCAGUGGCAGCGGGAGCGGCACCCGCCUGCGCCCAAACAACCGGACAGGCAGCGGCGUCUCCAACGACUUGACCUCUCAGGCCGUGUCGCCUUCGAGCACCUGGGUAAGCGGUGGCUCUACUGUAAGCGCUACCACCAACAACACGGCCGCUACCGCCGCUGCCCUGAACGGCACCGCCUUGACCUCGUCAGCUGUGGCGAGCAGUGUCGGGUCUGAACCGACGGGGCCGCCACAGCACCCACUGCGCUACCCGACACAGCAGUAUCAUCACCACAACCACCGCAAUCAGUGUACAGCCGGCGCCGGUUCUCUGAUAGCGUUGCUUGAAGGCGUGGGACUACGCGGCGUCGGCGCAGAGGCCGUUAGCUCGGACGGCGACGCGCUGGCGGCAAGUCUAUCUCCGCGACGCCACGCGAGCGAGUGCGAAGGCACGAAAGUCGAAGAUCCGAAUGCAAGUGAAGCGGAGGGCAGCUGCCUCGGCCAGAGUCGGCUUCGGGCCGUCGGCGUGGGGUCUACGGGGCCAGGCAGCCGCGGCGGGGUUGGCGGCGAUGCUGGUAGUGACGCGGCUGCAAUGGCGGCGGCCUUCGGCAUUGCGCCGCCUCUGCCUCCAUCGCGAAUCAGUUAUGGGGGAGCUGCUGCCGCAUCUACCGCGGCGGCGGCGGCCGCUUUUGGCGUUGGCCCGCCUCUGGGGGAUUAUGUUGGCGGCAUCGGCGUCGCCAGUGCAGCCGGGCCCACGCGUGAGCAGCUGGAGCUGGCACUGGAACUAUUAGGGGAGUCGAGGCAUGGUGCAGGAGGCGGCCAGUGGCACUAA